AUGAAGAGGAUGGAGGAGAAAGAUGUGCAAGUAAGGUCAUCAAAUAGUGGACAUGGGGGAGGAUAUAUUGGAGGGGGAGGACAUGGAAGUAGAGGGGGAGGAUAUGGAAGUAGAGGGGGACGAUAUGGAGGUGGUGGGGGAGUAUAUGGAGGUGGUGGGGGUGGAUAUGGAAGUAGAGGGGGAGGAUAUGGAGGUGGUGGCAGUCAAUUUCCAUUGUCGCCACCUCCACCAUCGUUAUUGUCACCGCGAUUACCAGCGCCAAGCGCCAUGAAUUAA